AUGUGCAAGUGGUACUGUACCAGCUCUGGACCAUCCACGAACCUCUGCUGCUUGCACUGUGGCGCACACUACUGUGGCGCGUGUCUACGCGGUGAUGCGGGCAAGAUGGAGUCCCUCGUAAAGUGCGCCGGUUGUGGAAAGAAGCCCGGAGUCAAGAGCAACACGAACCGCAACUCCUGGACCGCUGUGUGCAAUGCCCCCUGCAAUGAGCGAGGAGGUCCACGCUACGACGAAGAUGACGGUGCUGCCAACAGCGCUUUUACCAGCGGACUUCGUGCCUGUGGAGCCCAGGAGACAGACGCCGCCGCACAGCGCCGCACGUCACGUGGUGCGUCAGUGGGAGCAGGGCGCCCCGGCCGUGUCGCCGCCGGGCCGGAGCGUUUCUUCUAUGACAAGAGCACCUACACCGGGACGCAUACCAACGGCGGCCCGGAGCACGUAGCGAAAGGCCUGGGAUCUCAUGGUGACCGCUCCUGGAAGAGGCCAUCCAUGGAUGCUGCAGAGGACAUGGGUCACCUCGCCCGUGUGACACUGCUCUCUCAGCAAGGAGGUCGUCCACCCAGCCCGUUGCAGAUCAUCGAGUCGAGUCUGGCGCAGAAGGGGGCGACCCCACGGCCGAGCACCGUCGCGCACCCGGUGAGACCGGCCUCUCGAGGGCGACCCGGAUCUCGGGGUCCAGGCGCCGGUCGCCUCGUCGGACCCGAGCGAUUCUUCUAUGACAGGAGCACCUACACCGGAACCCACACCCGAGGCGGGCCCAGCUCGGUGGCCAAGGGAGGAGGCACCUCCUUCGACCAGACCUGGAAGCGACCAGUUUGA